AUGUCUCCAAUCUUGCGCACCGCGGUAGUCGCCAUUGCGGUUGCUUUGUACCUGCCUAUUGUCUCCGCCAACUACGCAGACACCUGCCAGGAUGAAUACGUCACCGGCAUUGACUUGGUCGCCACCUGCACCACCGACGAUGGAUCGCAGGUGAGCUCGACGCUCAACUUGGAUAACUGUGUGGCAAACUAUGACGGCGACCUCAACUGCGUCCCGAACGGCGGGUUUUCCGCCUCCUGCGAUGUCGCAUCAUGUGUGUUGACUGGCCCCGAGUACUUGGAAUGCUACUGUGACAAUGGCCAAGGUGGCCAGACCGCGUCCAUUGUCGAUCUAGGUCCAUCUUGCCAUAUUUGCGGGGGUGCUUUCUGCAGUGUUGUAUUUCUACGAGCGCUGAAACCUCCGUAUGUACUUCAAAUGAACUUGCAUGUUGCGCGAACGCAAGUCUCAGAACAUUUUGUGUUACAUUUCUGGUAA